CACCACCAACAUCAAGCACAAUCCAUACAACGCUUCUACGGGCGACGAUAACCAAGAUGUCUGCAUCAAACACCAACAAGCCAACCGUCGGCGAGAACGAACCACUAUACAUCGGAAUCGACGUCGGAACAGGCUCCGUACGCGCCGCACUCGUCGCGCAUUCAGGCGGGAUCGUGGCGUCCGCGACAAAAGAAACCAAAACGUUCCGCGCGUCGGACGAUCACCGUAUCUUCGAGCAGUCUACAACAGAUAUCUGGGACGCAAUUUGCCUCUGCGUCGCGCAAGUACUUGGAAAGGAUGGGAAAAGCAAGAUAGAUCCUGCGCGUGUGAAGGGUAUUGGGUUCGAUGCGACGUGCUCGCUUGCUGUUACUGACUUGCAGGGGAACCCUGUUACGGUGACGAAGGGUGAGGACCUUGGUAAAGUUGGUGAGAGGAAUAUCAUUCUUUGGGCGGACCAUCGAGCGGAGGAAGAGGCGAAAUUGAUUAAUAGUACGGGGUCUGUUGUGCUUGAUUAUGUUGGGGGUGUGAUGAGUCUUGAGAUGGAAAUCCCUAAAACUCUCUGGCUUAAGAAACAUAUGGACAAUUCCCUCUUCUCGCGCUGUCAAUUCUUCGAUCUACCGGACUUCCUCACGUAUCGCGCCACGGACGAGAUAACCCGCUCCGCAUGUUCUAUAACAUGUAAAUGUUCCUACGUUCCAGACAAGGGCGAGGAUGGUCCUGCAGGUUGGCAAGACUCGUUCUUUGAGCAGAUUGGACUUGGCGAGUUCAUCCAGAAUAACUAUGCGCAACUCGGUCCGGUCAAAGACAGCACAAAGAAGAAUAGGAAGAAGACCGAUACGUUGACGGCUGGUCUUCCUGUCGGAAAAGGCCUGGGCGAGAAAGCUGCUAAGGAACUUGGGUUAUUGACAGGCACUCCUGUUGGUAGUGCCGUAAUUGACGCCUAUGCAGGGUGGGUUGGAACGAUUGCCGCAAAGCAUUCUCCAGAUUCAGCUAUCGCUACGCUUGAGACAUCAAGACACCGUCUUGCUCCCUGCGCUGGUACAUCUACUUGCUUUAUUGUACAAUCUCCUGAAGGUGUCUUCGUACCUGGAGUCUGGGGCCCUUACAAAGAUGCUGUCUUCCCUGGUUGGUGGAUGAACGAAGGGGGCCAGAGUUCUACAGGACAGCUGAUCGAUUUCAUGAUUACGACACACGCAGCUUAUCCACAGCUGAAAGAAAUUGCGGAGAAUGAGAAGACUAGUAUCCAUAUCGUCCUCGCUAACGAAUUGGAAAGACAGCGUAAAGAGAAAGGGUUCGAGACUUUGACGGAGCUAACAAAGGACAUGCAUUUAUAUCCUGACUUGCACGGUAACCGCUCCCCAAUCGCCGACCCGGAAAUGCGAGGCUCCAUCACAGGGCUCCAACUCGACAGCUCCCUACACGACCUCGCCCGCAAAUUCCACCUCACACUCGAGUCCAUCGCCCUCCAAACUCGACACAUCGUCGACUCCAUGAACACAGCCGGCCAUCAAAUUAGUGAACUCUAUAUGAGUGGGGGACAAGCUAAGAACGCGAAACUGAUGCAGCUUUUUGCGGAUGUUGUGGGGAUGCCUGUUGUGUUACCGGAGUCGACGGCGGAUGCUGUGUCGAGGGGGAGUGCGAUGCUUGCUAGGUUUGCGAGGGAACGGCAGGAAGGAAAUACAAAACAGGAUCUGCUCUGGGAUAUCAUGGUUGAAAUGACACCAAGCGGAACACUCGUCUCACCAGCUGCCUCCCCACGCGAGAAGAAACUCCUCGAGGCGAAGUACAAGAUCUUCCUGGAGAGCAUCGAGAUUCAGAAACGCUGGCGGAAGGAAAUCGCUGCUGCAAGUGCAUGAUACUGCACUGCAAACACUUAAAGCAAAUAGAAAUAGACGGAGUAAACUGAGAAAACCG